UGUGGAGACUGCGCCCACUGUGCCUGUGUCCGUGUCGCCUGUUUGGAACCAUGCUGCGGGGCUUCCCCAGGUCCCUCAUGUUUUCAUUCCCAAAUGAAUUUCUUGUGAGGCUGGCCAGGGCUCAUGUCCAGCCAGGCUGCUCGUCCUCUGGGGAGCAUCCCAGCUCUGAUGACGUGGUCUGCCCCAACAGUCAGGGCCAUUGACCUGGCAGAUGGUGAUAUCACGGAAGCUGCCUGUUUGCAGGCAGGAGUUGGUCGGAAACAUGAGGGCUUUGGGCUUGGUGGGCUCUGCAGUGUUGUCCUGUGUGAGUUUCUUCUUUCUUGGAAGCAGCUUUAAAUAAGGCCCACGUGUAGCGCCCUUGAAGCAAGGUGAAAUGAGGAGGAAGGCAUGCUUAUGCUUGGCAGAGGGCACCGCAUAGUAUGGCUGGGCUGGAGGAGCUGCACUUGAUCCCAGUCAUGGGUGAUGAGAGGUGGGAUGGCUGCUGAUCUUAACUUUGUUUAAAGUCUCCUCAGAUAGUGCCCCCUCCUCACAUGGACUUGGGACUCCUGGCUCCCACCACACUGCCUGCCCCUGGAGCCCCCAGGUCUCUCUGUGUGCCCCAUGCACUCACCUCUCUUUUUGGUCCCCUUUAAGCUUGCUCAGAUCCUGAUAGGUUCCUUUCAUUGUAGAGCAGGGGUCCCCACCCUUGGGCCACAGACCAGCAUCUGUCUGUGGCCUGUUAGGAACUGGGCCGUACAGCAGGAGAGUGACUGGUAGUGAGCAAAGCUCCACCUGUAUUUACAACUGCGUCAGUCACUUGCAUCCCCCGCUACGCCCCGGCUGUGGAAACAUUGUCCUCCUUGAAAACCAGUCCCUGGUGCCAAAACGGUUGGGGCCCACUGCUGUAGAGUAUGAAAGAGGAGACGGUUGGAGCACUGCAUGCUCAUUUCACCUAAGUCUGGAGGUGGGGUGCUGCCUGGUUGUAGCUCGACCCCUCUGAGGGGACGCCCCUCACUGGCUCUGGGCACUGCCUGGGGGAGAAAGGGGCUGUGGGAGCUUUCUUAGGCAGCAGGCUCUGGGAGAUGAGUGGGUGAGCCUGGAAGACUGCCCCUGGGCUCUGCACUCCACUGCCCCUGGGGGUUUGCAGUUAUGAAACCCACAGCGCUGCUGACAAGUGACAGCGUUUAGCACUUGGCAAGCCCCCCAGGGGCCAGUCACAAGAUGGGGCUUGUGAGCAUGUAUGUGUAAGCACUGCUGUCUGUCUGUGGGGAUGGUCUUUUUUCUCCUUUUUCCUUCCUUCCUUCUAGUUCCUCUCCCUGCUUCUCCCGUCUUCCCCUGCUCCCUCCUUCUCUUUUAUCCUCUCCUGUUUUCUGUCCCGUCCUUUUCUUUCUUUGUCAGAACAGAUGAUCUUUUAGGACUGUUUCUCUUGUUGGAACAGCUCUGGAGGCUUCAGAGGAAUUCCAGAAGGUUUCGGUGUUCUGACACCCACAUCUGGGGAGGAGCACACUUCCGGACGGGCAUGUCUCAUCGGAAAGCUGUGGUUAGCUUUGGGUGGAAAACAUUACUCAGGGCACACAGCUGCUCCUGUGCGUGUGGGGGUGCUGGAGCUACUGGGUCACGGAGCACCCUCUCCCGGGGACCUUUAUCAGCCUUCCUCCAAGGCCUCUGCUGGACAUAAGCACCCUGCCCCUAUACCACCCCCCACCCCCCCAACCCCACCCCCACCACACCGUCUCCCAUCCCCCACCAGGAGUCCUGGGCUUCAAGGAGCCCCUUCCCCUAGAAGCCUCGGGGAGUGUGACAGCCUGAGGGCUUGUUGCAGCCCUGGUUCCAGGGAAGGCUAAUAAUCACCUGACCUUUAAGCCAGCUAGUCUCUCCACACUGUUGGCCAGGAGUCUUUUCUCACGUUUAUCUUCCUAACAAGUCAGAUCACUUUCCGGCUGGAGGGUUCUGCUUUCAGCUGGCUCCAGCCCAGGGGCAUGAGAACAACUCUUUGCCUCUUGUGUGGGGGUGGGAGGCAGGGAACUCGUGUUCAGCCAGCACUCCUUUUCUGAGCCUGAGAGCUGCUUCAUCCUGGCUCCUAGUGAAGGUGAGAGAGCCAGGCUCCCCACCAGUAGGGGCUGGUUUGGGUCUGAUUGGAAAGUUCUGAGGGGAUGAUUCUGCAGCUCAUCGAGGAGGCCGUUGUGGUCCUUCACUCUGCACUUGGGAGGUGUCUCAUCCGAGGCUCCCGAGGAAAAAGAGGCCAUGGAUUUUCCCCAGCACAGCCAGCAUGUCUUGGAGCAGCUGAACCAGCAGCGACAACUGGGACUUUUGUGCGACUGCACUUUUGUGGUGGACGGCGUUGACUUUAAGGCUCAUAAAGCGGUGCUGGCGGCCUGCAGCGAAUACUUCAAGAUGCUCUUCGUGGACCAGAAGGAUGUGGUGCACCUGGACAUCAGUAACGCGGCAGGCCUGGGGCAGGUGCUGGAGUUUAUGUACACAGCCAAGCUGAGCCUGAGCUCUGAGAACGUGGACGAUGUGCUGGCCGUGGCCAGCUUCCUGCAGAUGCAGGACAUCAUCACUGCCUGUCACGCCCUCAAGUCACUGGCUGAGCCGGCUGCCAGCCCUGGGGAGAAUAUGGAGGCCUCAGCCGCAGAAGUGAGUGACAAGAGAGCCAAAGAGGAGAAGGCUGCUGCCACUGCACUGAGCGAGCUGGACCCGGCCAGGAGCAGUCCGCCCACGGGCCCAGGCCGGGAGCCCAAGGAGGAGCGAGGUGGCCAGGCCGAGAGCAUGGGCAGUGGUGCAGAGCAGACGGAGAAGGCAGAUGCUCCCCGGGAGCCUGUGGAGCUCAAGCCGGACCCCACGAGUGGCAUGGCUGCUGCUGAGGCUGAGGCUGCGUUGUCAGAGAGCUCAGAGCAAGAAAUGGAGGUGGAGCCGGCCAGGAAGGGAGAAGAGCGAGAGGAGGAGGAGGGCGCCGCGCCGGCGGUGGUCAAGGAAGAGGGGCCGCCACUGGAGAAGGGCGAGGCCCCGGAGGAGAGUGAAGAGUCAGCCAGCACGGACUCGGGCCAGGAGCUGGGCGCUGAAGCGCGAGGCCUGCGCUCGGGCACCUACGGCGACCGCACGGAGUCCAAGGCCUACGGCUCGGUCAUCCACAAGUGCGAGGACUGUGGGAAGGAGUUCACGCACACCGGGAACUUCAAGCGGCACAUCCGCAUCCACACGGGCGAGAAGCCGUUCUCGUGCAGGGAGUGCAGCAAGGCCUUCUCCGACCCGGCCGCCUGCAAGGCCCAUGAGAAGACACACAGCCCGCUGAAGCCCUACGGCUGCGAGGAGUGCGGCAAGAGCUACCGGCUCAUCAGCCUGCUGAACCUACACAAGAAGCGGCACUCGGGCGAGGCACGUUACCGCUGCGAGGACUGUGGCAAGCUCUUCACCACGUCGGGCAACCUCAAGCGGCACCAGCUGGUGCACAGCGGCGAGAAGCCCUACCAGUGCGACUACUGCGGCCGCUCCUUCUCUGACCCCACGUCGAAGAUGCGCCACCUGGAGACGCACGACACAGACAAGGAGCACAAGUGCCCGCACUGCGACAAGAAGUUCAACCAGGUGGGGAAUCUGAAGGCCCACCUGAAGAUCCACAUCGCCGACGGGCCCCUCAAGUGCCGGGAGUGUGGAAAGCAGUUCACCACCUCAGGGAACCUGAAGCGGCACCUGCGGAUCCACAGCGGGGAGAAACCCUACGUGUGCGUCCACUGCCAGCGGCAGUUCGCUGACCCCGGCGCCCUGCAGCGGCACGUUCGCAUUCACACGGGUGAGAAGCCAUGCCAGUGCGUGAUGUGCGGCAAAGCCUUCACCCAGGCCAGCUCUCUCAUCGCCCAUGUGCGCCAGCACACCGGGGAGAAGCCCUACGUCUGUGAGCGCUGCGGCAAGAGAUUCGUCCAGUCCAGCCAGUUGGCCAAUCAUAUCCGCCACCAUGAUAAUAUCCGCCCCCACAAGUGUAGCGUGUGUAGCAAGGCCUUCGUGAAUGUGGGGGAUCUGUCUAAGCACAUCAUUAUCCACACUGGAGAGAAGCCCUACCUGUGUGACAAGUGUGGUCGCGGCUUCAACCGGGUGGACAACCUUCGCUCCCAUGUGAAGACUGUGCACCAGGGCAAGGCCGGCAUCAAAAUCCUGGAGCCAGAGGAGGGCGGUGAGGUCAGUGUGGUCACUGUCGAUGACAUGGUCACGCUGGCCACCGAGGCACUGGCAGCAACGGCUGUCACGCAGCUCACAGUGGUGCCAGUAGGGGCCGCGGUGACUGCCGAUGAGACUGAAGUCCUUAAAGCCGAGAUCAGCAAAGCUGUGAAGCAAGUGCAGGAAGAAGAUCCCAACACCCACAUCCUCUAUGCCUGUGAUUCCUGCGGGGAUAAGUUCCUGGACGCCAACAGCCUGGCCCAGCACGUGCGGAUCCACACGGCCCAGGCACUGGUCAUGUUCCAGACAGAUGCGGACUUCUACCAGCAGUAUGGGCCGGGCAGCACAUGGCCGGCCGGGCAGGUGCUGCAGGCUGGGGAGCUGGUUUUCCGCCCUCGGGACGGGGCUGAUGGGCAGCCUGCCCUGGCAGAGACACCCCCCACAGCCCCUGAAUGUCCACCACCUGCUGAGUGAGCAGGCACCCCUCCUCCUAUUUAAGGAUGGAUGGCACCCUAGAACUGAGAAGGGUGACCCCAUUCCCUAGAGAGAAUAAAUUUGAUUAUUUUCUAA